AGACUACAGUAAUUAGCUAAGUAUGAUUAGUUUAGUUAAUUCAGAGUAAGGUCGAAUCGGUAUGAUACAGUGCGUAGUAUUAGGAAGUCUGAGUACAUCCUUGAGAGACAUAUUGGUACACAAGGAAAGGUAUGGAGAGGUGUUGGGUUGAUAAAAUUUGGAAGGUUUUUUUUGGAGUUGUUUUUUGUAGUUGUUAGGUAUUAAGGUUAGGUUGUUAGGAUGAGGUAGAAGUCUGAGUGGGUUUAAUUUGGUCUAAAUCACAUAAAGCUUUUUGUUUUUCCAGGUUAAUAAGUUAAAACAAGCUAACGGGAGCUGCAAAAACAGUGAACUGUUGAUAUCAUAGAUGUUGUUUUUUGACCUGCCCUACAUACGAUCCUUGCAAGGCAAUCUUCUCCCUUUAACCUUAUAAACCUUUUUAUCUGUUGCAAUUUCUCGCCCCGCAUGAGGUGGUGUGGCAAUCUUGUCAGAUAUAUAAAUAAAUAUGACACUUAGUCCAUUUUUCGAAAAAAGAAAAGGCUCAGUUAAAUAACAUGUCGAAACUAAUCACAACGUUUAUAAAACAUACCAUAUUUAAUUCCACCAAAAUAACACAUAUCUCCAAAUCUUGCAUCCAAAGUAUAAGCAAAGUCAUCUCCACUCCAUCCUUAACCUCCAAACUCGCAACACCUUGAAAGCUCAUCUUUUAUGUCGGUAAUGAGCUACAAUAUUUCAUCCCCUACCUUUUGAAGUCACGUCGUAUAUAAGCUACAUGCAAUACACAAACGGUAUCACAUCACUCGAUUUGUCUCAGCUUAGCAACUCAAUUUCACAAUCAGUGACUAUGAAGACUAUUUUCGCAGCUGUGUUUCUUGUCGCUCUGGCCGUGGCCGAGCCCCCACCCUCAAACAGCUACCUCCCACCACCCCCGUCGAGCCGUGGUGCUGGCUACCCUCAAGCUGCCGCCAACCAAUUCGGCCCCCAGAUAGUGGCGGCGCGGACUCUGGACGGAGCUGGUCAUGCUGGCCACGCCGGGCCCAUUGGCCACGCCAGCCACGGAGCUCGCGGACAUGGAGCUCAGGGUAAUAGUUUUGGAAGGUCAGCCCCUCAAGAGCACGGCUCCGGUGCGCAUGCGCGUCUCGCUGGUGAUGACACCGCCGGCUACGACCACAACGCUGCUGCCUUCGCCAGGAAUGCUCUUGAAGAAAUCAAUGCUGAACCAGCUAACUACAACUUCGGUUACAUGGUGAACGACUACAACGAGGGCACGGACUUCGGUCACCACGAGGAGCGGCAGGAGGAGCACGCGCAGGGCCAGUACCACGUCGUGUUACCUGAUGGCAGGAAACAGACUGUAAGCUACGAAGCUGAUGAACGCGGUUUCAAGCCCCAAAUCUCUUACGAAGACUCCGAAGAUCUAGCCCGCUCUGGCUAUGACAGCAACGCAAACAACGCCCGCAGUAACCAUGGCAACGGCAAGCAAGAUGGCUACUCCCAUGGCAACCAAGAUGGCGGUUACCACGGUAACCAUGGCGACGCGCGCUCUGCUGGCUACUGACUCAGUUACCACCUCAUAGAUGUAAUUCUAUUUUUGAUUUUUAUUUAUUAGGUUU